AUGUCUGCUCCUGCCGCCCCGAGGCCGGCCGAGCCUGGCGCCAACAAUGACGAGGCGGUAUUCAACGCGCCGAGCUACUUCCGCGAGUCGGCGGAUUUCAUGCGGGUCCUGUAUGAGGUGCUAGAGCGUGAGCUCCCAGUCGAAUGGCAGACACCACUGCUCCCAGCCCCGGAGCCCCUGGCCGACCGGCCGCCUACCCUGCGCUUCGAGGCUUUUCAGUCCAUCGUCCAGUCGGACCAUCAGUACAUCUGCGGACAGACCCAAUGGCUGGCUGACGUGCUCAAGGUCCUCGCACAGUGCACGGUGCACCUCCUGCCGCCGGCCGCCGACACUGCCUUUGGUCACUUGCUGUCGGUCGAGGCACGUGGCGCCGCCGCCUUCGCGGUGUCGAGCCACGGAGCCUCGCCCUUCGUGUACCAGGCGGCCGACUUCGCCGAGGUGUCGCAAUGGGCAUCGAACAUCUGUUUGCAACAUUGCUUCCGGAAUCUGGCCGACUCGGUGCGCGGUCUGCCCCUUCCGGAUAUCGGCGCCUAUGCCACCACUUGCCAGGGCCCCUACAUUCUGGACUCCGGGGUGAGGAUGACCUCGGCCAAGUGCCUGGCGGUGCUGUCGGCGCGCCUGGCGCCUGUGGUGCGCUUGCGCCUGGUGGCCGACCUGCUGGAUGCGGUGGCCGGGCCAGCCGGGGUCCCCGGGCGCGAGACGCUCCUCCGGUCGCACGAUGCCAAUCUCCUGCACGGGGUGCUGUUUACGGUGGCCGAGGCCACUCGGCGAGAUCUGUCCAAGGGGGCACCCGGCGGGCCGGGUCUCUCCGAAGAGCUGGUGGCCCUGCUGGCCCGGCUAACCGGGGUAGCCUGCGACGCGCUGACCCUCACGGUGGACCACUUCCCGCCAGGGCCCAGUCGGCCGGCGCUUCGGCGUCUGGUGGUGUCGGUGCGCGACACGGCCUGCUUUUUGGCGUGGGCCCUCUCGCGACAUCCGCACCCUUCGUAUGUGGCCUUCGAGCACCCGGUUGAUGGUCAGCCGGGCACCGGGGACCGGUCCGGCGGCUCGGCAGCGCUACUGUGGCUGUUGCAUGGGCGCCUGGCACGCGAGCUCCUGGCAGCGGCGCUGUUCGAUGUGUCGGUCAGCAUUCGACGCGGGGCGGCGGCCGCCUUCCAGGAGUUGGCUGGCCGGUCUUCCGGGUGGGCCCUGACGCGCGGGGGUGUGACGGUGGCCGGGGGUGGUGACAGCGGCCUCGAGUCCGCGUCGGGCUCCUCCCGAGUGGACCGGAUCUGGUCGGCGGCCGGGACACUGGCGCACGGGGUCCUUCUGUCGGAGCACCUGUCCUUCUACCAUGUUGGCGAUCUGCGCCUGAUUGAGCGCCAAGUCUUGCCGUCCAUUUGCAGUUUCGACGCCCGGCUGGUGUACCUGCCGGCGUUGGUGGUGUCCCUGGCCGAGGAGCGCAUCACCACCGGGCACUAUGGGGAUUUCGACGGGGCAUCGGCCCGGCAAUUGCGCCUCCGCGGAGGCCUCCUGCUGGAGGCCAUGCUGCGCAGUGUGUGGAAGGCCGGCGGCGAUGGGGCUGACAGCCCGGGGGACCGGCUGCUGGCGGCGCUGGCCGGGCACCUGUUCUGGACGCUGGGCGUGGGGCCCGGCCCGGCGCCGGGGCCCCCGGCAUCGGCGGAGGCCCUGCACGGGGCCCUGUGCCUGCUGCUGGCCCUGAUGCCGCACCUGCUGGCCCGGUAUCGGCUGGCCCCGGGGGAGGUGGCCUUCCUGGCGGUGAUGGGGUGCGAUUCUUUUGCCCCGGGGCUGCUCCGACAGACGGCGGCCCUGCUGCUGGCCGAGGGCCCGGCCGGGGCGGCGAUGGCACUGGCUGCGCGUCGGUCGCCAGCCCUUGCGCGGCUUUGGGACCUGGUCCCGGCGCCGGUCCUGGGCCUGGCAUGCCGUGUGCUGGAGUUCCUGCAGUUGGCCCCGUCCGAGCCGGUGGCGGGUCCCUUGGCAGGGGCCCAGCAGUUCGAGGACUUUGCUCGGGCGGCCGACUGGCCGGCGUGGGCGGUGCUCGUCGGAGCGGCGGGGAUCUUGCGCGCCGGGCGGCCGGCGGCCGAGGCCGCCUCGAUCUCCAACCUGACGGCCUUCCUGUGGGGCGCCGGUGACCCGCUGGCGGUCCAGCCACCCGCCCUGGCCACCGAGGAGGAGGAGGAGGAGCAGGAGGAGGGCAUCCCGGGCCCGGGGGCCGCGCCAUGCCUGGCCCAGGCGGCACCCCUGAGGGCGGCCUUCCCCACUGGGGCCUUUGUGUUGGGGCUGUUUGCGCGGCCGGGGUCCGCCGAGACGCCCGGCGAUGAGGCGGCCUUUGCACUGGCCCGACAGGCGGACUCGGUGGCUGUGGCAGCCACUGCGGCGGGGGUCGACCCGCCGGCGGCCGAGAGCUGGUUCGCGCCGGAAGCGGCCCCGGCGUCGGAGGCCGUACGCCUGCUUCGGCGGUUGGCCGACCUGCCGGUGGCCAGCCAGCCGGUGGUGGCCUGCCUCCGUGGGUUGUUGGAUGGCUUUUGCAGCGUGGCCCCUGGGUUCGCAUCGCCCUACCGCCAGGCGAGCCCGGCACUGGCGCGAGUGGCCCGCGUGGCGCCCGGCUCCUCGCCGGCUGACCUGUGGUCCGUCCUGCCGGCCAUGGUGGCCGGAUGCUGGCCGGCGGUGUCCCGGCACCUGGCAGCCGACCAGGCCGGCCUUGACCAUCGGGUGCUGGCCCGGGCCUUCGGGCUGUUCAGCUCGGCGACGGCGACAGCAUUGACCAAGCGGAACUUCUAUUUCGCCCUCGGGACCAUCCUGGCAUCGACCGAUGCCGCGGGCAUCUGCUCGAUCCCACUGCCGGAGGCGGUCGGCAAUGGCGGCCCGCCGGAGGCCCGACUCGCCCGGCUCCUGGCCCAGGGGCUGAUGGAUUUCUCCAGCACCCAGACACAGGGCGAUGUCGGGUCGUGGGUGCGGGCGGCGGCCGCCGCGGCGGCGAUCCCCCUGCUGGACCGGGUACUCGGCGGUGGCCCGACAGUUCCGGAGUCUGUGGCCCCGGCCGCGGCGCAACUGAUCCGGGCCCUACUACUGACAUGUGUCGACACGGUGGACCGGGUUCGACUGAGUGCCUUGCGGGCUGUGCGGCGCGCCCUGUCCCUGGUGGGGGUGGUUCCGCUGACGGAGGCGCCGGCCGGCCGCGUGCCGGCCGAGGUGCUGACUGCCAUCGUGCACCUGCUGGGGGCCCUGGUAGAUCGGGUGCCCAUUUUGCCGGGAGACCUGGCCGGAGCUGUGGCCGGCGGCCCGGGAGGCGUGCCCGCGCCGGACCUGGCCACUGUGUGGCAUCUGGCCGCGCGCGGGGCCAUGGUGCGAGCCCUCACCCGGGCGCCGGGGUGCCCAGUUCGCAAGGCGGUGGUCGCGCGCCUGGCCGAGCCGCAGGCCGGGUCCACCCGGACCAGCAUCUGGUUGGCGGCGGUCCGGCAUCCGGCGGCGACACAUGCGUUGGCCGCGGCGGCCUUGACCCCGGACCACCCGGCCAAGACGGUCCCCCUGUUGGGGGAUGUACUGGCCGAGCAGCUGGUGCCCGGGGCGAGCCCAGCGAGCCCCUCGGCAUGGGCGGAGCUGGCCCAGCGCGGAGCAGCCCUGGCCAUGUUGGCCGGGCUGCUGUGGGCGGCCGGCGGCCCGACGGGCCAGGCCCGGGCGUCAGCCUAUGUCGGGCGCUGCUUGACGCUGUCGGCCAGCAUGCUGCGAGAUGGGGACGCCCCGGUGGAGCCCUGCCGGCAGGUGGUGCUUGCCGUGGCGGCGGUGGCCUUGCCGGCGUUUACCACCACCACCACCACCACCCCGGCGGGCAUGGUGCCGGAGGGGGAUCUGCUCGGCGCGCUGGCCGCCCUGCACCGGGGUCUGCUGGAGGCGGACAGUCACCGGGCCCGGCCGGGCAGUGGCUCGGCUCUGGCAGAUGCUUUGGACGAGCGCCGGCGUUUGGCGGACCAGGCAGCCGCUCUGGCCGAGCUGCUCGGUGGCUGACUGGCGGCGCGCGAAGCCGCAGCAGGACGUCCUCGGUGUGGUGGAAGGCGGUGGGCGG